CCUUUGACCCCAGUAGCCCCUCCUCCUCAGUCUGCAGGUGAGCUGGAGAACGACGAGCACACGGCAGGUGUGAUGAUGCAGAUGGUCCGAACAGCUGCACGCUUCAAGCUACCAGGGUCAGCCGAGCCGCCAUUCAAACGCAUGUCAGUGGUCUUAGAGGACUUUGUCUACACGAUGACGGUCUCCGGUCAGAAAGUUUUUGUGGUGAAACGUCAAAACAACCAGCAGGAACCAAUCAGCGUGUAGAGAUGGGCAAACAGGAAGUGAUGCAGCGGCGGUCUGAGGAGCGGCAGCGGUGAUGAUGAUGUGUUUGUGCUGAACUCAGUUGUGUUUGAUUUAAAUAAAGUUUUGUAUGUUUGAAUCUAUGUAUUUAACAAAUAAAAAGGUUAAAGGUGACAAUGAGAUGUCAUUGUUUUCUGCUUCUACUGCAGUACUACUACACUACUACUACUUCUACAC